UUUAUUCACAUAUUCAUAACCAUAUAUUGUAUUGUAUUGUUUCAUUUUAAUUUGCUAUAUUUGUUCCUGAUCAUAGGAAAUACCUACUUCCAGAUUGUUACAAACAACAAAUAUAUAUGACGACAUUGACAAAUGACAAAAUAUAUUUAACUAGAAUGUAGAAAACAUUAUAAAUGGUAGAAAAUAAACUUUAAUUGGUGAUACCAAGGGGUGAUACAAUGAGUCUACCACUGUUUCCUAAAUGUUUGCCAAAAUUAACAGACAGGUCAUGGUUUGAUGUAGACCAUCCUUGUGAUCAUGAAGAUGAAGUUGCACAAUUGGAAAAAGAACACCAAGACUGGAUUGAGAGCAUUUUGAAGACAAAUUCAGAUCUACCACCUAUAGGAAAGAAUUCAGCUGAGAAUGUUGGCGAUGAUGAAGACGAAGAGGAGGAAGAUAAUGAUGAUGACGACGAUGAUGACAGCGAAACACAUGAUGAUGAGGAAGAAGACGAGAUAGAAAUGGAAGCAGGGAAUUAAGGAAAAAAAGAUGAAAAACAAAAAGAUAAUCUUGAAAGAAAAUAUAAACCAAAAAAUAACAAC